UGAACGCCGUAGCCUAGUUGCCGUGGCCUAGUACAGGCAGACCCGUAGGUAGUCAAUAUUCUUGCUCAACCGUUCAACUGUCUUCUUGUGGCCAAAACAACUAUCCUCCAACUUGCUACAAUGUACGGUGUACAAAUCGGAUGUGUUAUCCUCACCUUGGUGACAAUUUCUUGCGCCAUUGAAGUAUGCUACGAGAAACAGCUUGAUGGGACUUCCCAGCUAAAGACCUGCGCUUACUCUUGUUGUGGAACCACGUAUUAUAAGUACUGCUGCGGCUCGUCCAGCAGCACCUACCACUACGCCUACUCGUUGAGCACAGGAGCCAUUAUCGGCAUCGUCAUUGGAGCCCUCUGCCUCAUCGGUCUGAUCGUCGGAGCCAUCAUCUGCUGCUGUGUCUGCUGCUGUAGGUCAUCGCCAGGACAACGAGGUCAAGUGAUACAAAACCAACCUCAACUGACUGUAGUGUCAGGCACAACAAACGCAGCCUACACUCCUGGAUAUGGUCCGGCGCAAGUAGCAUACCCUCCGACUCCAGCAGCAUACCCCCGGCUCCAGGGGCAUACCCGCCGGCUCCAGGGGCAUACCCACCGGCUCCAGCCUACACUCAAGCAGCCUAUCCCCAGAGAAGCAGGAAGGUACCCGCCCCCACAAAAUGCAGCAUACCCACCCACCCCACAAGGUGGAGUGAACCCGCCCGCACAAGAAGCUGCCUGACCCUUCAAAUAUGAAGUUUCCAAGCCGUUAGCCCUUGGGAACAAUACAAUACCCAAAUAUACUACCCAUCAAAGUUUAUACUCACUUAAAACAUUCACUAUAUGUUGUGUAUGUACAUAUGGUUACAACGAAGAAGAAUUUCUCCACUAACU